UGUGACAAGAUAGUUGGUGUGAUCCUAGAGGAAUUCCCGGAUGGGAGGCAGUCGAUGCCUUGGCAGGGUAUCUUGUCAGCCUCAAUCGGACAAUAACCGCUCUCAAACUCUGAGAUAGUAGAGAUAUUAAGACUGUACUCCAGCCUGGAUCCCAUUGAUAAGUCCCCAACCAAAUACUCCAUGAAAAGUAAGAAAAAGACCUUGUCAGGACCAUGGAGAGCUUCUCGGAAGCGCAGUGGCUCUGCCCCAGGCCAGCAAGCAGCUGAGAGAUUGUUCAUGGUUCAUGGCCAGGCUGCCCAAAGACCUGAUCUUAACAGGAUUUCUGAGUGUGUUGCACUCAGACUCUACAAAGAGUUCCAGGAAGCCAGAAAUAGGCCAAAGGACAACAAAGGGAAAACAUUUGCAAUACCUCAGUCAAUUGUCAUGACUUACAGUCAUAUCAAACAGUUAAUAGAGGACUGCAAAGACAUACUGGACAACACCAACCUUUUACUUAUGACUAUAAACAACACCACAGUGUCCUCCUGGCUGCAGGAUCGGCAGAAGAGAACCGACCGCGAUUCGUUACUGCAAGGGGUGCAGCUUCCUCAGCAAGUCCAUUUGGCAGAGGAAUCGCUCCUGGAGGCCCGGGACCUACCAUCCGAGCCUGUUCAACGCGCUAAUACAGUUAUGGAGAUCCAGGAACCAGAAAACCGUGAGGGUGAGGCAGUGAUUCGUAAACGUCGCUGUGCCAGAGCGGUGUUUCCCACUGGUGCCAGCUCAACCAAUGCAGAUCAGGACGGGCCGAGAGCACAGCACUGGCCUGGGGAUGCUGUCUUCCCUGCUUUGUCGGAUGUUGCCUACUGCCAGCAGGGUCAACACUCAGCUCCAGCGUCUCACUCUCAGGGCUGGUCCCCUUACCUGCCGUCACCUGCUCCAGCGUCACACUCUCAGGGAUGGAACACUUACCAGUUGCCACCAGUGCCAGCUUCUCACUCCCAUGGUGGCCAUCAUGAUCAUCCGCCACCAGCUCCAACACCUCAACCUCAAGGUGGGCUUCCUUACCAGCCAGCCCCAGCACCACUAGCUUCUCUCAAUCGGUUCCGAGAAUGGAGAUUGCUAAAGGCAACCCUGGAGGAUAAGGAGCGAGAGAUAAGAGGUGAUCUCCCCAAGAAGCGGCAAACCAAAGAAAGCUACCACUAUCAGUGUAAAAUAUGUGGUCAGUCAAAGAGCAAACUUACUGGCCAUACACAGUUACGGGGGAAAUGGUACUUUCCUGCAUCUGGACAGACCAUCACAGAGUGGAAGAGCUCAUUAUAG